GCGGAGCGUCCUGUCAAUGGUGGAAAAUGGCUGCUCGGAGUAGCUCCCCAAAGCGCAGAGAAAACUGAAAAAAAAAGUCAACAUUAAUAACAAGAGGUCACAUCUGGACCUUUUCUAACAGGCUAAACGACAACUCGGGGAAGCCUCGACACUGAGAAUGUCUCGCUGGGUGCCCACUAAAAAGGAAAAGUAUGGUGUUGCAAUCUAUAACUACGAUGCCCGGGGAGAGGAGGAGCUGUCGCUGCAGAUUGGAGACACAGUGCACAUACUUGAGACGUAUGAAGACUGGUACAGAGGGCAUAGGCUGAGGAGAAAAUCCAAAAAGGGCAUAUUUCCUGCUUGCUAUAUACACCUGAAAGAGGCCACGGUCGAGGGAAGUGGGCAAAAGGAGACGGUCAUUCCCACUGAGCUGCCACUGGUUCAGGAGGUUACCACCACACUGCGGGAGUGGGCUACAAUAUGGAGGGAUUUAUAUGUGGGGGACAAGCGUGAGAUGUUCAACUCUGUCCGUGACAUGAUCUAUGACCUCAUCGAAUGGCGUUCCCAGAUCCUGUCCGGCACCCUCCCGCAGGACGAGCUCACCGAGCUCAAACAGAGAGUCACCUCCAAGAUAGACUACGGCAACAAGUACUUGGAUCUCGAUCUUGUGGUCAGAGACAAUGAUGGAAACAUACUGGACCCAGAGCUCACCAGCACCGUCAGCCUGUUCAGAGCACAUGAGGCGGCCUCCAAGCAAAUUGAGGACCGGAUUCAAGAGGAGAAGUCUCAGAAGCAGAAUAUUGAUCUCACCAGGCAAGCAAAGUUUGCCUCCACACCAUCGUUUGCCCUCUUUGUGACUCUAAAGAAUGUGGUGUGUAAGAUCGGUGAGGACGCAGAGGUGCUCAUGUCACUCUAUGACCCAGUGGACUCCAAGUUCAUCAGUGAAAACUACCUGGUGAAAUGGUCAAGUUCAGGUCUGGUGAAAGACAUAGACCAGCUUCAUAAUCUGCGGGCGGUCUUCACGGACUUAGGCAGUGAAGAUCUGAAGAGAGAGAAGAUCAGCUUUGUGUGUCAGAUUGUCAGAGUGGGGCGCAUGGAGCUACGAGACAACAACACCAAGAAGCUGACGUCAGGACUGAGAAGACCCUUUGGAGUGGCAGUAAUGGAUGUCACUGACAUCAUAACAGGCAAAAUGGACGAUGAGGACAAGCAGCACUUUAUCCCAUUUCAGCCGGUGGCAGGGGAGAACGACUUCCUCCAGACAGUCAUCAACAAAGUUAUCACCGCCAAAGAGGUCAAUCACAAGGGCCAAGGCCUCUGGGUGACUCUGAAGCUGCUUCCUGGUGACAUCCAUCAGAUAAGGAAGGACUUCCCUCACCUGGUGGACCGAUCAACAGCUGUGGCUCGCAAGAUGGGCUUUCCUGAGAUCAUCAUGCCAGGUGAUGUGCGAAACGACAUCUACCUGACUCUGGUUCAGGGGGAUUUUGACAAGGGGAGCAAGACCACACCCAAAAAUGUCGAGGUGACCAUGUCUGUUUAUGACGAGGACGGCAAGAAACUGGAGAAUGUGAUUUUCCCUGGAGCUGGAGAUGAUGGCAUCAAUGAGUACAAGUCUGUCAUCUACUACCAAGUAAAGCAGCCACGCUGGUUUGAAACAAUAAAGGUUGCUAUUCCUAUUGAAGACGUGAACCGGAGCCACUUGAGGUUCACCUUCCGCCACCGCUCAUCGCAAGACUCCAAAGACAAAUCAGAGAAGAUAUUUGCCUUGUCCUUCGUGAAGUUGAUGAGGUAUGAUGGGACGACUCUGAGGGACGGCGAGCAUGAUCUCAUCGUGUACAAGGCAGAAGCGAAGAAGCUGGAGGACUCCUCUCUGUACCUGAACCUACCUGCUACAAAGCUAGAGAUGGAGGAGAAGGGCUACUCCUCUACUGGGAAAAGCACCCAGAACCUGGGUAACUGUACCAUCAGCAAGGACUCCUUCCAGAUCUCCACCCUGGUCUGCUCCACCAAGCUUACACAGAAUGUGGACCUACUUGGCCUGCUGAAGUGGCGCUCCAACACCAGCCUGCUGCAGCAGAACCUUCGUCAGCUGAUGAAGGUGGAAGGUGGCGAGGUCGUCAAGUUUCUGCAAGACACUCUGGAUGCUCUCUUCAACAUCAUGAUGGAGAACUCUGACAGUGAUACUUUUGAUACUUUGGUGUUUGAUGCCUUGGUGUUCAUAAUUGGGCUUAUAGCUGACAGAAAGUUCCAGCACUUUAACCCUGUUCUGGAGACCUACAUUCGAAAGCAUUUCAGUGCCACACUGGCAUACACGAAGCUGACCAAAGUUCUGAAGAACUAUGUGGACAACGCUGAGAAGCUGACAGAACAGCUACUGAAGGCCAUGAAGGCUCUGGAGUACAUCUUCAAGUUUAUUGUCCGCUCCAGAGUCCUCUUCAACCAGCUCUAUGAGAACAAAGGAGAAGCUGACUUCAUGGAGUCCUUGAGGAACCUUUUCACAUCCUUUAAUGACAUGAUGAACAGUAAUUCAGAGAACACUGGCAUGGUAAAGGGUGCUGCACUGAAGUACGUUCCCACCAUUGUCAAUGAUGUCAAGCUGGUCUUUGAUCCAAAGGAACUAAGCAAGCUGUUCACCGAGUUCAUCCUAAAGGUUCCUCUGGGUCGCCUGGUGAAACAGAAACUAGACUGUCUGAUUGACAUUGUCCACAGCGAUCUCUUCACUCAUCACGAUUGCCGCGAGAUCCUCCUGCCGCUGAUGACGGACCAGCUGAAGUUCCACCUGGAGAAGCGGGAGGAGCCGAAGGCUUGCUGCCAGCUGCUUAGUGACAUCCUGGAGGUGCUCUACAGGAAGGAUGUGGGUCCCACCCAGUGGCACGUUCAGAUCAUCAUGGAGAAGCUGCUGAGGACUGUUAACAGGACAGUCAUUUCCAUGGGCCGCGAUUCCCCUCACAUCGGGAGCUUCGUGGCCAGCAUGACUGCCACACUGAGGCAGAUGGACGACUAUCAUUAUGCUCAUCUGAUCAGCACCUUUGGCAAGAUAAGGAGUGAUGUUGUGGAUUUCCUAAUGGAAACAUUUAUCAUGUUUAAAGAUCUCAUUGGGAAAAACGUCUACCCCUCAGACUGGGUCAUAAUGAACAUGAUGCAAAAUAAGGUGUUCCUACGGGCCAUUAAUCAGUAUGCAGCAGUGUUGAACAAGAAAUUUCUGGAUCAAACCAACUUUGAGCUACAGCUGUGGAACAACUACUUUCACCUGGCUGUAGCCUUCCUCACCCAGGAGUCAUUGCAGCUGGAGAACUUCUCAAGCGACAAAAGAGCCAAGAUCUUCCACAAGUACCAGGACAUGAGAAGACAAAUUGGCUUUGAAAUCAGGGAUAUGUGGUACAAUCUAGGGCCCCACAAGAUAAAAUUCAUUCCAGAGAUGGUGGGCCCUAUCCUGGAGAUGACGCUAGUUCCUGAGAUCGAGUUGCGAAAGGCCACCAUCGCCAUCUUCUUCGACAUGAUGCAGUGCGAGUUCCACUUCACGUGCAGCUUCCAGCGGUUUGAGAACGAGAUCAUCACCAAGCUGGAUCACGAGGUGGAGGGGGGCCGCGGGGACGAGCAGUACAAAGUUCUCUUUCAGAAAAUUCUACUGGAGCACUGCAGGAAGCACAAGUACCUGGCCAAGACGGGCGAGAACUUCGUCACUCUGGUGGUUCGUCUGCUGGAGAGGUUGCUGGACUACAGGACCAUCAUGCACGACGAGAACAAAGAAAACCGCAUGAGCUGCACCGUCAAUGUGCUCAACUUUUACAAGGAGAUAGACAGAGAGGAGAUGUACAUCAGGUACCUGUACAAGCUGUGUGACCUCCACAAAGAGUGCGACAACUACACUGAGGCUGCCUACACUCUGCUGCUACACGCCAAAUUGCUCAAGUGGUCAGACGAGCAAUGUGCAGCCCACCUGACCCAGAGAGACGGCUACCAGGCCACCACUCAAGGACAGCUUAAGGACCAGCUCUACCAGCAGAUUAUCAAUUACUUCGACAAGGGCAAGAUGUGGGAGGAGGCAAUCAUUUUGGGAAAGGAACUGGCUGAACAGUACGAGAAUGAAAUGUUUGACUUUGAGCAGCUUAGCGCAUCCUUGCGGAAGCAAGCCCAGUUCUAUGAGAACAUAGUGAAGGUCAUCCGGCCCAAACCAGACUACUUUGCCGUAGGCUAUUACGGCAUGGGGUUCCCCUCCUUCCUACGCAACAAAAUGUUUAUCUACCGUGGAAAGGAGUAUGAGCGCAGAGAGGAUUUCGAAGCGCGUCUUCUCACACAGUUUCCCAAUGCAGAGAAGAUGAAGACAACCACACCACCCAGCGAGGACACAAAGUGUUCUUCUGGACAAUACAUCCAGUGUUUCACGGUGAAACCCAUCCUAGACCUGCCUGCCAAAUUCCAAAACAAGCCCGUCUCUGAACAAAUAGUGAGCUUCUACACAGUAAAUGAAGUCCAUAAAUUCCAGUAUUCCAAGCCAGUGAGGAAGGGAGAGAAGGAUCCCGACAACGAGUUUGCGAACAUGUGGAUUGAGAGGACCACGUACGCGACAGCUUACAAACUUCCUGGCAUUCUACGCUGGUUUGAAGUCAAAUCAGUCUCCACAGAAGAGAUCAGUCCACUGGAGAACGCCAUGGAAACGAUGCAGCUGACCAAUGAGAAGAUCAGCAGCAUGGUGCAGAGGCAUCUCAGCGAUCCCAACCUUCCCAUCAAUCCCCUCUCCAUGCUGCUGAAUGGGAUUGUGGACCCAGCUGUCAUGGGAGGUUUUACCAACUAUGAGAAGGCCUUCUUCAAUGAUAAGUACAUGCAGGAACAUCCAGAGGACCUUGAGAAGAUAGAGAAACUGAAAGAUCUUAUUGCCUGGCAGGUCCCGCACCUUGCUGAAGGUGUUCGCAUCCACGGAGAGAAGGUCACUGAGGCACUGAGGCCUUUCCACGACCGCUUGGAGGCCUGCUUCAAGCAACUGCGGGAGAAAGUGGAAAAACAGUAUGGGGUAAAGGCCCUGCCGACAGCAGACGAACGACGGGGGCCUCGUCCUCACUCCAUGGUGCGCUCCUUCACCAUGCCCUCCUCCCAGAGGCCGCUGUCAGUGGCUUCAGUCACCUCCAUCUCCUCUGACAACUCCCCCUCCAGGCCUGGCUCAGAUGGUUUUGCCCUGGAGCCUCUCCUGCCAAAGAAGCUGCACACCAAGUCUCAGGACAAGCUGGACCGGGAUGAGCCCGAGAGGGAGCGCAAAGAGAAAAAGAAGGAGAAGAGGAACAGUAAACACCAAGAGAUCUUUGACAAAGACAUGAAGACCACAGAGAUCCCUCUGCAGCCCACUGAAGCCGUCAUACUGUCAGAGACGAUCAGCCCCCUGCGGCCUCAAAGACCAAGGAGUCAAGUUCUCAACCAGAUUGGUGGAGACCGUCGCCUCUCUGUGUCCCCUGGACCCCCUUCUUCUUCCUCCAACUCCUCCUCGCCGGGACCCCCACCCAUCACACCCAGGAACAAACUCCCCUUUAGCCUGCUCACUGUUUCCAAUCUGGAGCUGAACGGGAUGGGCUUCUCUGACAAAGGUGAAACCCCUCCUCCGCUGCCUGUGAAAGGCAGCACGGCUGAUUAUGGCAACCUGCUAGAUAAUCAAGACUUGACGAGUCCCUCAACGCCUCCUCCACCCCCGACACAUCAAAGGCACAUUCCACCUCCUCUUCCCAGCAAGACCCCUCCUCCACCUCCUCCCAAGACCACCAGGAAACAGGCCUCCAUUGAUUCAGGAAUUGUACAGUGAACAAAGAAGCUGACAGUAGGACCAAACAACACACUGACAACACAACAAAAACAGUAACCGCUCCCCCCAAAAAAGUGGUUGUUUUUACCCACACAUUCCUCAUUCCCUGUCCCAGCUUGACAAGAUGAAUACCUCACUGCAUCCCGCCCCCUUGUAUCAUUAAUUUUUUUUUUUAUUUCUUGUUUUGCCUUCAGUUUGACGAUGAUGCAGUCUGCAACAGGGAGCAUGUUGCACAGAUGAGUAGUCACUGAAUUUAUAGAUGCUGUCUACCAUGCCACUUCAAGACUUUAUCAGGACAUUGUGUUCAGACAGAUAAGCUUGGACGAACAGCUUUCCAGUACUGACCCAUUCUCAAGUAUAUGAGAGCACAUAGCUCAUUAAAGAAUAAUUCCAAUCUCUUUUAUUCAUAUUCCCACUAUGUACAGAGGUUUGUAUAUAUGAUUUUAUUUUAUUUCAGGUUUUUUGUAUGUGAUUUGAUCAUGACUCUUUUUGUAUUAACGUAUCAUUAGUUUAAGUGGCAUUUAUAUGAAACAAAAAAGGGCUUGUAGGUUUUGAAUUGACAGGGACUUUACAGAGUUGGUAUGUGAGAACCUAUCAUGGAUUUUAUUGGUAAAUUUUUGGAGUGCACAUACAACUAACUCCUAUCGCAUUAUCAUUGUUCAGACCUUGUCCUAGAUUGCUGUAACCUUGGAUUUCAAUAAUAUUGACUGUUCCCAAUUCACUACUGACACGACUUCUGAAUAAACUUUCAAAUAUAUGUAUUUUUAAAAAAA